AGCCCUGAAAGCACAUAACCAGCAGUUGCCCAGCCAUGGCAGAAGGGGACGUCACCACGUUCACGGCCCUGACCGAGAAGUUUAAUCUGCCUCUGGGUAAUUACAAGAAGCCCAAACUUCUCUACUGCAGCAAUGGGGGCCACUUCCUGAGGAUCCUCCCAGAUGGCACAGUGGAUGGGACAAGGGACAAGAGCGACCAGCACAUUCAGCUGCAGCUCAGCGCGGAAAGCGUGGGGGAGGUGUAUAUAAAGAGCACCGAGAGUGGCCAGUACUUGGCCAUGGACUCCGACGGGCUUUUGUACGGCUCGCAAACACCAAAUGAGGAGUGUUUGUUCCUGGAAAGGCUGGAGGAAAACCAUUACAACACCUACACAUCCAAGAAGCACGCAGAAAAGAAUUGGUUCGUUGGGCUCAAGAAAAAUGGAAGCUGCAAGCGCGGUCCUCGGACUCACUAUGGCCAGAAAGCAAUCUUGUUUCUCCCCCUGCCAGUCUCCUCUGAUUAGAGAAAUCUGUUCCGAGUGCUGAGCACUCCAGAGGAGCCUGAAGGGGUCCUCGCCGGUUGACCCCAGAAUGUUCCCUUGACCAUUGGCUGCGCUAACCCCUGGCCCACAGAGCCUGAAUCUGUAAGCAAUGCGCUUCUAAAAUGCCGUUCAUUUUCUCGCAGAGCCCUUUACCCCAGCACAGUUUGGAACAGAGGGGACCAAAUCGCUUCUAGGGGCCAACAGGCUGGUGGGUGUGGGUCUGGUUUGGAGGUCCAGUAGCCUCUGGGCGCCCGCUGCAGGCUGAGUCUCUCAGAGCAAAGGUGGGGCCAAAAGAAGUGCGUUCAGGGGGCCGCCGAGGGGG